AUGCUUCAUCUGGCGGGCUCCGAGGUCCAGGAGGUGUUCGACCAUUUGCCAGGAGUAGACGAGUUUCCUCUUGUUCUGGCAGAUCCUCCAUACUAUGAAGUUGCUAUUAAACGCCUCGAUGAGCAUUUCGAACCGAUGCGCAGGCGAAACUAUGAACGCCACUUGUUUCGACAAAUUAUACAAAAGUCGGAUGAAAGAUUCGCUGAUUUUAUCCUACGUUUACGCAUUCAAGCGAAACGGUGCGAAUUUGAUCGAUACGAUAUUCGUGAAGGCGAUGAUAGGAUCAUCGAGCAAAUUGUUGAGGGUUGCAAAUCCUCUGAUCUACGCCGUCAAAUCUUGGCAAAGGAUAUGUCGUUGGAGGAAAUUGUCAUACUCGGAUCUACAUUAGCAGAUGUGCAGCAGCAGGUAAAGGAGAUUGACCGGACUCCUGUUGCAUCUGAAUUGCACAAUUUGAACGAGAUUUCAUCGCGUUUGUCAAAUAACAGAUUCAUUUCGAAAGAUCGUCGUUUAGAUCAAGUGAACGGCAGGCCAGUUAGAGGGGCAGUAGGAUCUUGCUUUGCCUGUGGAAAAAAGGGUCAUUGGAAAGGAGAUAUGAUUUGUCGUGCCAGGAUUGCUAAAUGCAUCAAGUGUAAAGAGGUAGGCCAUUUCGCAAACCGUUGUCUGAAGCGUUCGAGCAACAGCUUGGUGGACUUCAAGCCGAAGAGAGUUCGAAUGAUUGGAGAAGCAGAACAAUCACCGGAAGAAAUUUUUUAUGCAAUGGGUAAAAAUACUUUUGAGUUUGUGGUAGGGGGAGUUAAAGUUCCCAUGAUUAUUGAUUCCGGGGCGGAUGCAAAUAUCAUCACGGAGGAAACAUGGAAGAAGAUCAAUAACGCGGGCAUUAAGGUGUUAGAAUACAGUCAGACUGUGGACCGAAAAUUAGUCGCUUAUGCCACCAGCAUGCCGAUGCAAAUUUCGGGAAUGUUUACAGCAAUCAUUGAGGCAGGUCAAAAGCGGGUAGAUGCUAAGUUCUACAUUGCUAAUCAAGGACAGCGAAAUCUACUAGGAGACAAGACAGCGAAACAACUAGAAGUGCUAAAGGUUGGAUUCGACAUUUCGUCAGUUUCGGGUUCCGGACCAACCGGGUUCCCAAAAAUCAAAGGUAUCGUCGUUGAGAUUCCUAUCAACGAAUCGAUUCAACCGGUGCAACAAGGAUACAGACGUGCACCGAUUGCACUAGAAGGAAAAAUUUAUGACAAGCUGAAAUCGUUAUUGGACCUGGACAUAAUCGAGAAGGUACAUGGUCCGUCGGCCUGGGUUUCUCCGAUGGUACCAAUAUUGAAAAGUUCUGGGGAAGUGCGAAUCUGUGUAGAUAUGAGACGUGCUAAUCAGGCUAUUCUCCGCGAGUCACAUCCGUUGCCGUUAAUUGAUGAAAUUCUAGGAGGUUUAGGCAAUGCCAACAAGUUCACCAAGUUGGACAUUAAGGAAGCGUACCAUCAACUUGAACUUUCAGAAAAGUCGAGAGAAAUUACUACCUUCAUUACCAAGUAUGGUCUGUUCAGAUACAAACGGGUUAUGUUCGGAAUUUGUUGUGCUCCGGAACUUUUUCAAAAAGUAAUGGACACAAUUGUCGCCGGCUUGGAAGGAGUAGUUGUCUACCUAGAUGAUAUUUUGAUUUUGGCUCGACGCAAGAAGAACACGAUAAUUGUCUAG